GAAAACCAUAAAACAUAAGAUAUUUGCACAUCAAUGCAACAAAAAUUUUAAUUUGGUGUUCGGAUGGUGCAGCGAUGGCUAAAUUACACAAGUGUCCCGAGGCUAUAGCCAUUUUCCAACUCUGUCUUCUAUCUCUUUCUCUAACUCGAUUUCACAAACCCAAACCCUAAUUUCUCUUUUUCACCAGAGAGAUUCACACGGUGUCGAAUCUAUAGGUUCUCUAGUAACAACGAAACAGACUAAAAAUCAAUAGAAUCGGAUCAGGGAAAGCUCUUCAUCGGCGGGAUUUCAUGGGACACCGACGAGAAUCUCUUGAGAGACUACUUCAGCAAUUACGGCGAGGUUUCGCAGGUCACAGUCAUGCGAGAGAAAGCCACAAGUCGUCCUAGGGGAUUCGGAUUCGUCUCCUUCUCAGAUUCCGCCGUCAUCGAUAGGGUUCUUCAGAGCAAACACCACAUCGACAAUAGAGAUGUUGAUGUGAAGAGAGCAAUGUCUAGAGAAGAACAGAGUCCUCGUGGUGGUGGUGGUGGUGGUAGUAGAGGAGGGACUUUUAAUGGUAUACACACCUGUCAAACACUCAAUGAGUCAAAACCCUAUACGUACGUAUUCUUCUCAAUCACUCACUGAGUCAAAACCCAUGUAUCAAUGACCGAGUCAUACAUCUUCUCCGUCAAUCAGUUUGCAUUAUAAAGAUGAGAAAACUCUGAGUUCUUAACUUCUUGAUCGCUCGAACAACCAUAAUCAUCAUCAUCAUCAUCAUCAUCAUCAUCAUCUAUAGCCCCUGAACCGCUGCAUCUUUUUUGGUUUAAUCGUCUACGUCCAUGGGAGGAGGAUUUUUUGUAGCCGAUAGUUGCCAUGGAGAACACAAAGAAGGCCAUGUAACAACUUUUGUCGUUGUUGCCUGCAUUGUGGCUGCAAUGGGCAGUCUCCUCUUCGGUUACGAUCUCAGGAGGAGUACUGCAAAUACUAAACGAGCUUCUCAUUCUCUUCACCUCCUCCCUCUACCUCGCUGCUAUAUUCGCUUCUUUCCUCGGUUCAACCGUAACAAGGCUCUUUGGUCGGAAAGUCUUGAUGACCUUCGGAGGUCUCACUUUUCUCUCCGGAGCUUUUCCGUCGUGACCUCCGAUCCCACCACCGUAGUCCCGGAGACGCAGUUAUCUUCCUCGAGUAGCUACUUGACGUAUACGUCGUCUUCAUCACUGUUGUGCGAAGAAACAGCUUCGUCGACGGCAGAAGAAAUGGCGAUGGAGUUUCAGCAAGCUGGGAUAGAGACCAAACUAGGGGAGUAUCAACAGUUUCUCGAGAUGUAGGGUCUUUUUAGGGAUAUUUAAAAAGAGAACAGUAUUUUACCAAAAAGCUAAAUUAUCUUUUUUUCUUGUAUAUUAGAUGCAAUUGCUCA